GGGAGGGACUCGUUUAAAAUGUAGUUAAACUCUGGUCUAUGGUAAACAUAAAACCUACCGCCAACAAGUGUUCUUCCUUCGCCAGUCGCCACAUUCUUGGAAACCCUAAUUUGCUGGAGCAAUUUUCCCCGAUUAAAAAAUCUUCGUCAAAGGAAAAUUUUGAAGCAGAUCAUUUUCUACCUAUCCUUUUCCCCAAUUCGAAUUCAAUUUUUGCAUCUAAUGCUUCCCUUUGAAUGUCGAUUUUAGUCUCACUGUCCUCACCUAAACCUGAAUCUAAAACCCUAAUUUUUACUCCAAUUGUAUUCUCCUUUCUCUCUCCUCAAAAUCCAUGGCUACAACCGAAGCCUCCCCCAAAUUCCACAACCAUGAAAUUCAUCCACUUGCAUCAUCAUCAUCGGAUGAAGAACAGCUUUUAAAACCCAUGGAUUCACAUGUUCAUCAUCAUCAUCAUCAUCAUGAUGGUCUUCUCUUUUGGCAAUUCAUGGUCGCUGGAUCUAUUGCAGGUUGUGCCGAACAUAUGGCUAUGUUCCCCGUUGACACCAUUAAAACCCGUAUGCAAGCUCUCGGGUCUUGCCCUAUUAAAACCGUGGGUGUUCGAACCGCGCUUGACUCACUCUUAAAGUCCGAUGGGGCUGCUGGGUUGUACCGUGGAAUUGCCGCUAUGGGCCUUGGAGCUGGCCCUGCCCACGCCGUUUACUUCUCUGUUUACGAGUUUUGCAAGAAGAAAUUAGAAGGUGGCAAUCCUAAUAACCAUGUAGCUCAUGCUUUAUCAGGGGUUUGUGCAACUGUAAUGAGCGACGCCGUUUUGACUCCCAUGGAUAUGGUGAAACAGAGGUUGCAGCUUAGUGGAGGUGUUGGUGGAGCUUACAAUGGGGUUUGGGAUUGUGUCAAACGGGUUUUUAAGGAUGAAGGGUUUAGAGCUUUUUAUGCUUCGUAUAGAACUACUGUUAUUAUGAACGCGCCUUUUACUGCUGUGCAUUUUGCUUCCUAUGAAGCUGCUAAAAAGGCUUUGCUUUCGCCUGAUGAUGAUGAUGAUAAGUUGAUUGUUCAUGCUACUGCUGGAGCGGCUGCCGGUGCGCUUGCUGCGCUUGUUACCACUCCUCUGGAUGUUGUCAAGACUCAGUUACAAUGCCAGGGCGUUUGUGGCUGUGACAGAUUUACUAGUGGUUCCAUAAGUGAUGUUAUCAAGACAAUAGUAGCAAAAGAUGGUUACCGAGGGCUCAUGAGGGGGUGGACUCCAAGAAUGAUGUUUCAUGCCCCUGCUGCCGCCAUUUGCUGGUCUACAUACGAAGCCUCAAAGACCUUCUUCCAGGAUCUGAAUGACCAGCAAGAUAGUAGCAACGUGACCUGAUUUGUGUUCAACAGCUGAUUCGUUUCCACUUGUUUGGGAGUUUUGCAUUGCUACUCGAAGUACAGAUAUUUGAUGAUGACUCGGCAUCAUAUACAUGCACAUUCUUCAGGGUUGUAGUUACUAAUUCUAAUUGAUGAGUUAGCUGCAAGAGCUAGAAUGUCAGGCUGUAUUGUAUUAUUAUGUUCAAAAUUUUGAAUUUUAAGUUACAAACUUUAUUCUUGUUCUGAUUUUGAGAACAGUCGGAUCAGAUUUGUGGGCAUGGACUUUACAGAUCACCAGGAAUGGUGAAAAGGCAAAAAAAAAAAAAAUGGUGAUGUCUUUGAUUUGUUUGUUGGAGGGGGGAAUAAAGGGACAAAAGUCACCACAUUGUAUUGGGUUGUAUACUUGUAUGAAGUAUUAGUUGCAAAUCUGAUGUUUAUGAAUCAUUUGAGUCAUUAAGUUAAUUUUAUUGGGUAUUUUAGGUUUGGUUAAAAUUGAAUUUUGU